AUGUGCGAGUUUGCCGACAACUCGGCAGUCAAUCUGCUGGCAGCUCAUUACACCAUCACCGGUUCUCUAUGCGAAUACCAAAGAUUUCUGGCAGAUUUCUGCUAUCCAGAUGUGACGAGCAAUGGUAUCGAUAUCUCCAUACUGGACUCAGAUGACCACGACGCAUUCAUCAAAGCAUCGAUCCAAGGCUUCAGCAGCACUGGCCGCCCUACAUAG